GACACCUCCAAUCAGGGACCAUAAGAGGAAACGCAGUAAGAAUCAGAAUGUUCGUGUCAAGCUAGAAACAAAAUUUAGUGAGUUGGAGAGCUCGGAGGACCCAAGAUUAGCAACCGCAGAAGAUUCAAGAGUAAUCCCUAGCAAUGACUUAACACUGUUGGAAACAAAUGGCAAUUUGGCUAGCUUGCCCUCAGUUGCAAGUGAAGCAGGCAGUGCAUGCAACUCCUUUGAUCCUUCAGAGGUUAGCAUGAGCAGUAGCACUUCCUUUGAACAUCGUAUUGGAGAUUUCCCUACUCCAGAAGAGUUGGCGAAUCUUGAUGAAGACUUCUUAGCCAAGCGUUGUAACCUUGGAUAUCGAGCAAAGCGAAUUAUAUCACUUGCGCGCUGCAUUGUAGAAGGAAAGGUAUGCCCGCAAAAUCUUGAAGAAAUGCUCAAAAUGUCUUUACCAGCUACAGAAGAGAUAUCUACUAUCACAUCCACCUACGAAAGACUGGAUAAAGAGUUAUCUACUAUCUCUGGAUUUGGCCCUUUCACUCGUGCCAAUGUGCUCAUGUGCAUGGGAUUUUUCCACAUGAUCCCAGCUGAUACCGAGACAAUUAGGCACUUAAAGAAGUGUCAUAAAAGGGCGAGCACCAUUAAAUCUGUUCAUACGGAAUUGCAUAAUAUCUAUGGCAAAUAUGCUCCAUUUCAGUUCUUGGCGUACUGGUUCGAGUUAUGGGGCUUCUAUGACAAGCAAUUUGGAAAGAUCAGUGAGAUGGACCCAUCCAAAUAUGGGCUAUUUACUGCAAGCUAUUUGAAGAAGGCGGCAUCGAUUAGAUAGGAAAUUAGACAUGAGCCUUUUUUUUUUGUAAAUACGGCCAUGCCAAAAUCAGCUUAAAAGACAUAAUUAUUUCUUGUGAUUGUUGUUGUAGGUGCUGGCUGAUUAUUUAGUGGUGCGUUAACAUU